AAAGGGUUGGCCGUGGCAGUGGGCGGGGUCGGAUCGGCACGUUCGAAGGGCGUUGGCGGAAAUUACCGAAGAUGCCCGAAGCCGUCGAGACGGGAGCCGAGUACCUCACACAAGAUGGCGGAGCUGGAGGAGGUGACUCUGGACGGGAAGCCGCUUCAGGCGCUGCGGGUGACCGACCUGAAGGCCGCAUUAGAACAGCGAGGCCUGGCCAAGAGUGGACAGAAGAGUGCUCUGGUCAAGCGGCUCAAAGGGGCUCUAAUGCUGGAGAAUUUACAAAAACACUCAACACCUCACACUGCAUUCCAGCCAAAUUCACAGAUUGGUGAGGAGAUGAGCCAGAAUAGCUUUAUAAAGCAAUAUCUGGAAAAACAGCAGGAACUUCUCAGACAGCGACUGGAACGAGAAGCUCGAGAAGCUGCAGAACUUGAAGGAAAAAGCUGUUCCAUCUCUGAAGAGAAAGGUGAAUCUGAUGAUGAAAGACCAAGAAAAGGAGAAAGACGGUCAUCCAGGGUGAGACAGGCAAGAGCAGCCAAGCUUUCUGAAAGUAGCCAGGCUCCUGAGGAAGAGGAGGAACGGGAGACACCUUCCAGAAAUCUGAGAGCCAGAGCAGAUCGAAAUGUGAAAACAGAGGAAGACGAAGACGAAGAGGAGGAAGAAGAGGAAGAAGAUGAAGAGGAGGAGGAGGAGGAGGAGGAGGAAGAAAUGCAAAAAGUUGUUGAGCUGCCAGUUUUGAAACAGUUUCAAGAGGAAAAAGAGGAAACCAGAGCAGCAUUUCAGGAGAUAAUUGAGGGAGUAACUAGAAGCACAGAAAUCCAGGAGCAGGAAGAGCUGGAGGGAGGAGGAAGAACAACAAGGGCUCAGCAAGAAGUGGAAACUUGUCAGCUAACCAGAUUGCAGCAAGAGAAAGAUGUAAAAGCACCAGAAGUUAAAGUGGAAGAAAAGGAAGAGGAUGAAGGAGAAAGAGAAGUAAAAGCUACAAAAUCCCCAGAAGAAAAACAAAAAUCUCCUUCCCCACCUCGACUGACUGAAGAUCUACUGAAGGUUUCCCUUAGGCCACAACCAGAACAAGUUGCCAAUGAGGAAGAGAGUCCCCCACCCCUGCUGACCAAGGAAGCAUCCACUCCACCAGCUCCAAGUGAGCCCCCCACUGGGGAAGAGACAGAGCUCUUGGAAGGCCCAGCCCCUCCUGACCUUACCCAGAGGUCUCCUCCCUGUGAAGAGGCUGAGGCCAAAGAAUUACUUUUACCCCCACACACUGUCCAGGUGGGAGGAAGGCUGCCUUCCUUGCCAAGCCCUGCAGGCACCAAAGCAAAGUCUCCAACAGAGAUAGCACAAGAGGGAAAUUCCCUUCUUCCAAUUGAAACAAGCACAGUGAUUGCACCCCCAGGUGAGGAGGCUUUUCAAAGUGAGCCAGAACGUUCUGCUCCACUGAUUGCUCUAAGAGCUGAGGAAUCAAACCUAGGCAAGGUAAACACUGAGGUUCCCUCUGAACAGCCCCCAUCUUUGGUUCAGAAGGAAAGCAAAGGAGACUCUCCUAUCCCUCUAUCAAGCCACAGGACAAAACGUUCAGCUGAUUCAUCCCCCUCCAGCCAAUCUUCAUCAUCUUCCUCCACCUCCCGAUCAAGAUCCCGCUCUCCAGACAGCUCAGGCUCUAGAUCCCGCUCACCUCCCAGAUCCAAGCAGAGGGAUUCAUCUUGGUCACGCUCUUGUUCCAACCCCCGUUCAGGAACCCAAGUAGGCUCCAGAUCAACAUCAGAGUCUAGGUCCCGUUCUCGUUCUCGAUCUCGUUCAGCAUCUAGCAAUAGUAGAAAAUCUCGGAGCCCUGGAGUUUCCAGGGAUAGCAGCACCAGCUACUCUCACACCAAAGAUCCCUCUCCUGGGCAGGAGAUUGCACCUCUCAGCAGUCCGUCAGUGCCACAGCAGCAGGUCCUUGAACCAAAAGAGAGGACUACCGUCUCUCCAGCCUUUGCCCCAGUGAGGGUUGUGAGCCAGGCUGAACCAGUUGAGAAGCAUAAGACCCAAAGGUUGAAGCCAGAGCGGGGAAGUCCCAAAAAGUCUGAAGUUGAAGAGGCAGAAGCACCUACCAUCAUAGAGACCCAAGCCCCAGAGGUGCAGACCCUUCAACAGCCAGCUCCAGGAAGCAGCCAGCACACUGUCGAGGAGAAGGAGGAAGUGACCAUGGAGACAGCUGAAAACAGGCCUGAGAAUGAGGUGCCUGAGCCCCCCAUGCCCAUUGCUGAUGCUGCAAGCAAUGAAGAGCGCCCUGAGGGCAAUGCAGAGGAUGAGGAGAAGAAAGAGAGCUCGAUGCCCAAAUCCUUCAAGAGGAAGAUCUCCGUUGUCUCGGCUACCAAAGGGGUACCAGCUGGAAACAGUGACACAGAAGGAGGACAACCAGGACGGAAGCGGCGUUGGGGGGCUAGCACAGCCACCACACAGAAGAAGCCCUCCAUCAGUAUCACCACUGAGUCUCUCAAGAGCCUUAUCCCCGACAUCAAACCCCUGGCGGGGCAGGAGGCCAUUGUGGAUCUACAUGCUGAUGACUCAAGGAUUUCUGAAGAUGAGACAGAACGUAAUGGUGAGGAUGGAACCCACGACAAGGGGCUGAAGAUAUGCCGGACCGUUACUCAGGUGGUGCCAGCAGAGGGCCAGGAAAAUGGACAACGUGAAGAAGAGGAGGAAGAAAAAGAGCCUGAAGUUGAGCCCCCUGAAGCACCCCAGGUUUCUGUAGAAGUUGCCUUGCCUCCACCUGUGGAGCAUGAAGUAAAAAAAGUGACCCUGGGAGACACUCUGACCCGGCGUUCAAUCAGCCAGCAGAAGUCUGGUGUGUCUAUCACAAUUGAUGAUCCUGUCCGUACAGCCCAGGUGCCCUCACCACCUCGGGGCAAGAUCAAUAACAUUGUCCAUAUCUCCAAUUUGGUUCGUCCUUUCACCUUAGGCCAAUUGAAGGAGUUGCUGGGUCGUACAGGAACCCUUGUGGAAGAAGCCUUUUGGAUAGAUAAAAUCAAAUCUCAUUGCUAUGUCACGUAUUCAACAGUAGAGGAAGCUGUUGCCACUCGAACAGCUCUGCAUGGAGUUAAAUGGCCCCAGAGCAAUCCCAAAUUCCUCUGUGCUGAUUAUGCAGAGCAGGAUGAGCUGGACUUUCACCGAGGCCUCUUGCCAGAUCGACCCUCUGAGCCUAAAACUGAGGAGCAGGGAGGCCCACGGCCCCUGCACCCUCCGCCCCCGCCCCCAGCCCAGCCACCUCAUCAUCCAAGGGCAGAGCAGAGGGAGCAGGAGCGGGCAGUGCGGGAGCAGUGGGCAGAGCGGGAGCGAGAGAUGGAGCGACGGGAACGUACUCGCUCAGAACGGGAGUGGGACCGGGACAAGGUUCGUGAAGGACCCCGUUCCCGAUCUCGCUCCCGUGACCGCCGCCGCAAGGAACGAGCCAAGUCCAAAGAGAAGAAGAGCGAAAAGAAAGAAAAAGCCCAGGAGGAACCACCUGCCAAGCUGCUUGAUGACUUGUUCCGUAAGACCAAGGCAGCACCCUGCAUCUACUGGCUUCCUCUGACUGACUGCCAGAUUGUUCAGAAGGAGGCUGAGCGAGCCGAGCGGGCCAAAGAGCGUGAGAAACGGCGAAAAGAACAGGAAGAAGAAGAACAGAAAGAACGGGAGAAGGAGGCAGAGCGAGAGCGGAGCAGGCAGCUAGAGAGGGAGAAACGUCGCGAGCACAGCCGAGAGAGGGAAAGAGAGCGGGAACGGGAGAGGGACCGGGGGGAUCGGGAUCGGGAAAGGGGCCGUGAGAGGGAUCGUCGGGACACCAAAAGGCACAGUCGAAGCCGCAGCCGCAGCACCCCAGUGCGUGACAGGGGUGGGCGCCGCUAGCUUUCCCCUACCCUAAGGAAAGCCUCAGGCAUCAGCCACCCUGCUGGUGGGGGGUAAGAGCCACAACUGAAUGGGCACACUGCCACCACCUUGACUCCUGAGGGUAUUGCACAGAAUUACCCGUGCUGAAGCGUGUCCCUCUUUUUGUUCACAGAACAGAGGGGGAGAAGUGGCUGUGUGCUGCCCCAUGUGCCCUUCAGCCUUUUCCCCAAACCCCAUUUCUGGAUCUGUGUAGGAUAAGACCCAUUUUGGGGGGAGGGGGGUGGGGGUAAAGGUUAAUCUUAACUAUGGGAAGCAGCCAGGGGACUCAGCAUCCUCCACAUCUCCCUCAUCCCUAUCUCCUGUCUUUCAUUUUCCUUAUAACUUGUUCCCUCUUACCCUCUCCUUUCUCAGCUCCCCUCAGGAAUAGCUGGGGUCAGGACUGGGGCACCUAUGAGCUGAAUCAGCAUCUCUCCUCCAAAGUCCCAGGCCCCUGCAGUUCCUGAAGUCUUUCCCAGUCUUGCCCUUCAGCCUUCACCUGGCCCACAAGUUCCACUUUAUAUCCACCUUUUCCUUCUGUUCAAUUUUUAUUUUUAUUUUUUUUAUUAUUAAAUGAUGUGGUCUAUGGAAAAAAAUAAAAAUCUGACUUAGUUUUA